UAAGAAGCCCAGUAUCCCAGACAGCUGAUACCCUGCAAGCUGCUUCUAUCUCCAUCCUCUUUGUUCCUUUGGUGAACUAGGUCUAUUAAAUUGUGCACCAAGAUGUCUCAUCUCUUGGCAAGCAUCUCCACCAUCAUGGAUGUUUUCUACCAAUAUUGUGACCAAGAUGAGGACAGCAUGAGCCAAAGUGCACUGAAGGAAUUUCUGGAGAAUGAGCUGCAAUGUAUUCUGAAGAAUCCAGGAGAUGCUGAUACUGUGGAUGUCUUCAUGCUUAAUAUGGAUCAUGAUCGUAACAGAAGAAUAGAUUUUACUGAGUUUUUGUUGAUGAUAUUCAAGCUGACAAUGGCAUUCAACAAAACCUUCAAGGAAGAAUAUUUUCAUCAUCAUCAUGAGGAUCAGACUGAAGGAGAAGAGGAAGAACAAAAAGGGGGAGAAGCAGAUGGAUUGAAAAAAAGAAAAAAUGAAUCUAGAAAAAAGGGCCCAUCAGCAACUUCUGAAGAAGGAGAAAGUUUCAGUAACCCUCGGUCCUCAAGCACAAGAAGUUCUGGCUCCAGACAGUCAUCUAGCUCUGGUCAACAUGGGUCAAGAUCAGAUCAUUCAUCAAGCAACAGGGGUCAUGGAUCUACUGGACGUCAAAGGCAUAGUUCCCAUACCCAGCAGUCCUCCAGCUCUGGUCAACAUGGCUCACACUCAGAUUCUGGCUCAGGCUCUGAAUCUGACUCAGAAUAUGGCUCAGGUCAGUCCUCAAGCUCUAGGCAACAGGGUUCAAGAUCAGGCCAUUCCUCCAGGUCUGGGAGACAUGACUCAGGCUCAGCUCAAUCCUCCUCUCAGAGAAGACAUAGGUCCAGCUCAGGUGAGCAAUCUGGAAUUUCUCAAGAUCGAGGACAUAGUUCCCAUCAGUCCUCUAGCUCUGGGAAACAUGGCUCUGGUUCAGGCUCAGGCUCAGGCUCAGGCUCUAGGCAGUCAUCUAGCUCUGGUCAACAUGGGUCAAGAUCAGAUCACUCAUCAAGCAAUAGGGGUCAUGGAUCUAAUGUAGGUCAAGGUCAUAGUUCCCAUUCCCAGCAGUCUUCCAGCUCUGGCCAACAUGACUCACACUCAGAUUCUGGCUCAGAAUCUGGCUCAGGUCAAACUUCAAGCUCCAAGCACCAGGGGUCUAGAUCAGGUCAUUCCAGCUCUGGAAGACAUGGUUCCAGCAUCACUCAUUCCUCCUCUCAGGAAAGACAUAGGUCCAGCUCAGGUGAACAAUCUGAAACUUCUCAAGAUCAAGGACAUCAUUCCAGUUCCCAUCAAUCCUCCAGCUCAGGAAAACAUGGCUCUAGCUCCAGCUCAAGCUCUGGCUCUGGCUCUGGCUCUGGCUCACAGUCAUCUAGCUCAAAAAAACAUGGCUCAAGCUCAGAUUCUGGCUCUGGCUCUAGGCAAUCAUCUAGCUCUGGUCAAUAUGGAUCAAGAUUAGAUCACUCAUCAAGCAACAGGGGUCAUGGAUCUAAUGUAGGUCAAGAUCGUAGUUCCCAUUCCCAGCAGUCCUCCAUCUCUGGAUCAGGUCAGAUCUCCUCUCAGAGAAAACAUAGGUCUAACUCAGGUGAAGAAUCAGGAAGCCAGGUUUGUAGAGUAAUUAGUUUCAGCUCCAUUCAGCCUUCAAGUUCCAAGAAUAAUGACUCUGACACUGAAGCAGGCUUUGGCCAGUCCUCUAGCACUAAUCAGUAUGGCUCAGGAUUAGGUCAGUCAUCUACUAGAAAGGGACGUGGAUUUGGUUCACAUGGCAGGAUAGAUAUUCCCGUAAGAGAGGGGCAUAGUUCCAGUUCCCAGCAGUCCUCUGGCUCUGGUCAACAUGGCUCAUACUCAGAUUCUGGCUCUGGCUCUAGGCAUUCAUCUAGCUCUGGUCAACAUGGGUCAAGAUCAGAUCAUUCAUCAAGCAAUAGGGGUCAUGGAUCUAAUAUAGGUCAAGGUCACAGUUCCGGUUCUCAGCAGUCUUCAAGCUCUGGCCGACAUGGCUCACAGUCAGAUUCUGGCUCAGAAUAUGGCUCAGAUCAAGCUUCAAGCUCUAAGCGCCAGGGGUCUAGAAAAGACCAUUCUUCCAGGUCUGGGAGACAUGAGUCAGGCUCAGGUCAUUCCUCCUCUCAGAGAAAUCACAGGUCCAGCUCAGGUGAGCAAUCUGGAACUUCCCAAGAUCAAGGACAUAGUUCCAGCUCCCAUCAGUCUUCUAGUUCUGGGAAACAUGGCUCUAGUUCAGGUUCAGGCUCAGGCUCUGGCUCCAGACAGUCAUCUAGCUCUGGUCAACACGGGUCAAGAUCAGAUCAUUCAUCAAGCAACAGGGGUCAUGGAUCUACUGGAGGUCAAAGGCAUAGUUCCCAUACCCAGCAGUCCUCCAGCUCUGCCCAACAUGGCUCACACUCAGAUUCUGGCUCUGGCUCUAGGCAGUCAUCUAGCUCUGGUCAACAUGGGUCAAGAUCAGAUCAUUCAUCAAGCAACAGGGGUCAUGGAUCUACUGGCGGUCAAAGGCAUAGUUCCCAUACCCAGCAGUCCUCCAGCUCUGGCCAACAUGGCUCACACUCAGAUUCUGGCUCUGGCUCUAGGCAUUCAUCUAGCUCUGGUCAACAUGGGUCAAGAUCAGAUCAUUCAUCAAGCAAUAGGGGUCAUGGAUCUAAAAUAGGCCAAGGUCACAGUUCCGGUUUUCAGCAGUUUUCUAGCUCUGGCCGACAUGGGUCACAGUCAGAUUCUGGCUCAGAAUAUGGCUCAGAUCAAGCUUCAAGCUCUAAGCGCCAGGGGUCUAGAAAAGACCAUUCUUCCAGGUCUGGGAGACAUGAGUCAGGCUCAGGUCAUUCCUCCUCUCAGAGAAAUCACAGGUCCAGCUCAGGUGAGCAAUCUGGAACUUCCCAAGAUCAAGGACAUAGUUCCAGCUCCCAUCAGUCUUCUAGUUCUGGGAAACAUGGCUCUGGUUCAGGUUCAGGCUCAGGCUCUGGCUCCAGACAGUCAUCUAGCUCUGGUCAACAUGGGUCAAGAUCAGAUCAUUCAUCAAGCAACAGGGGUCAUGGAUCUACUGGAGGUCAAAGGCAUAGUUCCCAUACCCAGCAGUCCUCCAGCUCUGGCCAACAUGGCUCACACUCAGAUUCUGGCUCUGGCUCUAGGCAGUCAUCUAGCUCUGGUCAACAUGGGUCAAGAUCAGAUCAUUCAUCAAGCAAUAGGGGUCAUGGAUCUAAUAUAGGCCAAGGUCACAGUUACGGUUUUCAGCAAUUUUCUAGCUCUGGCCGACAUGGCUCACAGUCAGAUUCUGGCUCAGAAUAUGGCUCAUAUCAAGCUUCAAGCUCUAAGCGCCAGGGGUCGAGAAAAGACCAUUCUUCCAGGUCUGGGAGACAUGAGUCAGGCUCAGGUCAUUCCUCCUCUCAGAGAAAUCACAGGUCCAGCUCAGUUGAGCAAUCUGGAACUUCCCAAGGUCAAGGACAUAGUUCCAGCUCCCAUCAGUCUUCUAGUUCUGGGAAACAUGGCUCUGGUUCAGGUUCAGGCUCAGGCUCUGGCUCCAGACAGUCAUCUAGCUCUGGUCAACAUGGGUCAAGAUCAGAUCAUUCAUCAAGCAACAGGGGUCAUGGAUCUACUGGAGGUCAAAGGCAUAGUUCCCAUACCCAGCAGUCCUCCAGCUCUGGCCAACAUGGCUCACACUCAGAUUCUGGCUCAGGCUCUAACUCUGGCUCUGAAUCUGACUCAGAAUAUGGCUCAGGUCAGUCCUCAAGCUCUAGGCAACAGGGUUCAAGAUCAGGCCAUUCCUCUAGGUCUGGGAGACAUGACUCAGGCUCAGCUCAAUCCUCCUCUCAGAGAAGACAUAGGUCCAGCUCAGGUGAGCAAUCUGGAAUUUCUCAAGAUCGAGGACAUAGUUCCCAUCAGUCCUCUAGCUCUGGGAAACAUGGCUCUGGUUCAGGCUCAGGCUCAGGCUCAGGCUCUAGGCAGUCAUCUAGCUCUGGUCAACAUGGGUCAAGAUCAGAUCACUCAUCAAGCAAUAGGGGUCAUGGAUCUAAUGUAGGUCAAGGUCAUAGUUCCCAUUCCCAGCAGUCCUCCAGCUCUGGGCAACAUGCCUCUGAACAUGGCUCAGAUCAGCUUUCUCUGAAGAGAAAGCAGGAAUAUUUCUAAGAGUAGCCACCUUCUAAUCCUAAAGGAUCCAUGUUCUCCCUCUUCUAGUUAAUCAGAUUUGGUGGCCUAUAUCCUAUACCUCUGUGAUUCUUCUUUGAUAUAUGGAUCCACUUAUGGGAGAGACCUAUUCAUUUUUUCACUCUGCCUUUUUGACAAUUAUAUGACCCAGUCCUUUAUCAUAACACUUUUUUCUGGGGUUAGCACAAUCCUUUUAAAAAUUCUUCUGUUCUAUGUAGAAUUUUAUGCUUUUCUUCCUACUUACUUUUGAUUUCUUUUAGCUAUAUCAUUUAGUAAUGUAGCUUGUUGAUUACUUGAUUAGCUAAUCAAGAGGGGAAUAAAUGAAAGAAGCUAAACAGAGUCAGGGAUUGAUUGGAAAGCCAAAUUAUGAAGUAUUUGGGGUGUCUGGUAUAACAAUGGUACUGUUCUUCAUUUGAGAACUCGAUUUAUGAAACACCUUUGUGAUUGUGAAUUGAUAUUAUGGGCAAUCAAUAAUCUCUAAGGAGUUAAAAGAUAGUUGAAUAGAUUCCUGGUCUUUAAUUCUAAAAUCGCACUUCCAGUCCUGUGUUCCAGAUAGAAUGCUAUACUGUGGGAAUAAGAAGUAAGACUAUAAAAGCAGGGAAGCAUCUUCAGUACUUUUGAAGUUCACAAUGGUGAUAAAACCCUUAUUCCUUAGAGUAUUUUCAUAAGAAAACCAACAAUCUUUAAGAGAAUUUGGAAUUAUGCCCUUCUCCCUCAGAAGCGGACGAAAAGAGGUAGUUGAGAGACAGUAAUGUCUCCCAUUUUGAUCCAAAGAGCAAAAAUGUGGGCACUAACAACAUUAAAGAAUGUGCAUUCAGAAACUAUUGUAAAUUUGAAAUAUAGAGAAUAAUUUCUUCAACUUCUGAUUUUAGACUACCUCUUCCUUUCACCAAACGUUACACUUAAGAGAAUGGUAUCUAUGAGAAGGGAAGAGAAAAUGUAUGUUAUUAUCGUGAAGCUCUUCUAAUUGGCUAUAAUAAAUUCAAGAUUAUUGACUCUUAAUUGUUAUAGGACAUUUGGUAAAUUUUUAAAAUUGAAUUUCAACAUAAUUGACAAUAAACAAUUGAUUAUCAAAUAA